AACUUAAAAUUCAAACAUUAAGUAUAAAUAUAAUAUAACGUGACGAAUAUUUAAAUAUAAAUCCUCAAUUCCUAGAACGGUGCAUUGGCAGCGAAGCUAUGACAUCAGUCCGUUAAACCCAUCUCUGUAUAAAGCGCUGCACCCUGUUAAUUUCCAUCUCUCGAGAUUCCAUCUAUGGAGAAGAGAGCGGAGCUGGUGUUCAUCCCUACGCCGCUCGUCGGCCACCUGGUCUCCACGGUGGAGAUCGCGAAGCUCCUCCUCCAUCGCCACCCUCCCCUCUCCAUCACCUUCAUCAUCAUCCACGUCCCUUUCCCAGAUCCCGAGGCGAACGCCUACAUAGACUCCCUCGCCGCCGCUCCCUUCGCCGGCCGCCUCGGCUUCGUCGAUAUCCUUCCUCCUCCUGUGGCCGCCGCCGAAACAGUCGUCGAAAAACCGGCCCCGUUCUCUCCCGGCAGCUUCGCCGCCUUCCUGCAACACCAGAAAGCCCGAGUAAGGGACGCAGCGACCCGACUCAUUGAGUCCCAUUCCGAGUCUGACUCAGCUGGCCUCGCCGGGUUUGUUAUCGAUAUGUUCUGCACGCCGCUGAUGGACGUCGCCUACGAGUUGGGCGUCCCUUCCUACCUUUUCUACACCUCCGGCGCGUGCGCACUCGGUCUUCUACUCGGUCUCCAGGCUUUGCACGACGAGCACGGCCAGGACUUGAUCGAGUUAAAGGACUCGAAGGCCGAGUUAGCGAUUUCGUGUUUCGUUAACCCGGUUCCCGCCGGAGCGGUGCCUUCUACGGCGGUGGAGAAGGCAAAUGGAGCGUCCACUGGCUUCCUCAAUCGUGCUAGAAGAUUUAGAAAAACCAAGGGCAUUUUGGUCAAUACGUUCAUGGAGCUGGAGUCGCAUGCUCUCGAGUCCAUUCUACAGGAUGGUAACAUCCCUCCGGUGUAUCCCGUGGGGCCUAUACUCAAUUUACAACAACAGCAAGAGGCUGGACCCGCCGGAAUCAUGACGUGGCUCGACGAGCAGCCUCCUUUAUCGGUUGUGUUCUUAUGCUUCGGAAGCAUGGGAAGUUUUGGUCCCGAUCAAGUAAAAGAGAUUGCACGAGCCCUAGAGCGUAGUGGGUAUAGGUUCCUAUGGUCCUUGCGCCGACCGCCAUCAAAGGAGAUCGGUGCAAUGAUCAGUGAAUAUGUCGAUCUACAAGAAGUCUUGCCAGAAGGAUUCUUGGAUCGGACCAUUCAUACUGGCAAGGUGAUUGGAUGGGCUCCGCAAGUAGCGAUCCUGUCCCACCCAGCAAUUGGUGGGUUCGUCUCACACUGUGGAUGGAACUCCACGUUAGAGAGUGUGUGGUGCGGGGUCCCGAUUGCCACUUGGCCGAUGUAUGCAGAGCAACAGAUUAAUGCCUUUCAAAUGGUGAAGGAGUUGGGAUUGAGCGUGGAGAUCUCGUUAGACUAUAGGAAGAAUGUAGGGGAAGAUGCUAAUUGCCUUAUUAGCGCGGAGGAUAUAGAGAGGGGAGUUAGGAGAGUGAUGGAGAGUGAAAGUGAGAUUAGACGAAAAGUGAAGGAGAUGAAACAGAAGUGUCAAAGGACUCUUGUUGAGGGUGGGACUUCGUACCUUUGGUUGGGACGUUUCAUUGAAGAUGUGAUGGGCAACAUCCGAAAUGAAAUUACAAAAAUAGAGAGAGAGAGAGAGAGAGAGGAUAAGUAGGGGCAGAUUAUUUUUUUUUCGAUUUGGUAGGUUUACUUUAUUUCGUUAAGACAAUAAAGCCUUUUUCUUUUUCUUUUGCUGAAA